AUGAGCAAAAAAGAAUCGGAAAACGUGUGCUUCUGGUUGCCAAACCAGUGCAUAAAAAAGCUCGAUGCCUUGACGCCCCACAAGCUGGCCGUAGUGUUUUUGAUCCAGGAGUACAUGCAUCUCAAGAAGGCGGUCGAAACAACGAACGAACCGCCCGACUUUGGACCGGGUGACCGAAAGCGGUUCUGUUUGUUGCUACUUAAGCUCAUCCAAUGCCCGGACAUGCCGUACAAGGAGCUGCACGGUUUGCUUGUAUCGCCCGUGUACGGUUUGCACCGAGUUCACCUGGAAGAGUUUCUGAAGCUGAUGAAGACGCUAAAAUCUGUCGGCAUCGACGUUCUGUUCGAUUUGUACAACGAAAUCGACAAGCUGAUCAUCGACAACUCGAACAGUUUCCAUAUCGUGAGUCUCUACCUGCGCCGAGUGUUUGUGAUGCUGGAAAAAAUGAACUUCCAGGAGAUGAUUGCCCUGUACCGGACCACGCUAGCGUACUACGAGAAGGGGGUGCGUGUGUUACGCCUUCUCGGCCAGCAGUCGCUCUCAGAUUGCGACAGUUUUAUGAAAGCGAAUCAGUACACGCCGAUCGAUCCGCCCGACCACGGGACGCUCGCGUCCAAGUGGUCCAUCAAGCAAUCGGAACUGUUCAUCGCCCAGCAAAAGUCGCUGCUGGAGGAGAACGAGGUGCGUGCACUGCCGCCGCGCGAACUACAGGAACGGGUGAAUGAAAUCAUCCACGAUCGGCCGCUUUACUCGCGGGUUUACUUUUUGAGCUACUUGAACGCGGUACGCGUGCGGGAUUUUUUUAACGCCCUCCAAUCGCUGCACAAUUUCUUCGAUCGUACAUCCGGCGCCGGUGCUCUGGCGUUCUCGGAUAACAAAGACUAUCAGUACUCGAGUCUUAACCUUGCCAUUCUGCACGCCCAGUUCGGACACCGGAAGCAGGCGUUGGCUAGUUUGCGCGAGUGCAUCAUGCUGGCACAGGAAAGCGGUGACCACACGUGUCUGCAUCUGGCGCACGCUUGGCUGUAUCAGCUAGACGGACACCGGCCUCCGUUGCCGGAGAAAAAUCUCAACUCAAAGCUCUUGCACGCCACCUCGCUCCGCAUCGUGGCACAGCUGCGCACGUCCUGUACGGCCGGCGAGCUUCCUUCGCGGCUAUUCAGUGUGCUGAUGAUUAACGAUCACCUGAACGCACAAAAAUCGAUGAUGGACCUCGUGGCGAUCGGGAUCGCCGAACGGACUGCCCUGUGGACCGUGUACGGUAAACACGAGGUGGCAUCACUGUGCGCCCAGGUGCUGCUGAACGGGAGUCUGAAGUCACUCGAUAAAACGUAUAACGGUGACGGCAUCUGUCAAGCGCUUUGUGCCACCGUCGUACGGCUGGCGCUGCUGGGCGACUACGGUUUGGCGAUCGUCACUCUACAGCACGCAAAGGAUCGGUUCCCGCGUUAUCCCCAGUCGCACCACUGGCUCGUGGCUGACCAUUACGUGUCCUCGCUGCGUGCCAUCUACCGUGGACGCUGGGCCGAGGCUCGGCGCGAAUGUUUGCAGCUGUACCCACUCGACAACCAGCUGGCCCGGUUGCUGUUGGCUCACGUAACACUCGCCAAGCAGGACUACAAUGCGGCUCGUGACCUGAUCCGCGAACUGCUGGCAGAUCACACCAUCAGUGCUACGACCCGUGUCCGGACACUCAUCCUGUCGGCCAACGUGCAAGCACAGCUCGGGCAAACCAAAGCGUUCAACGUACUGAGCGAAGCGCAGCAGGUGGCCGAGCAGUUCCAUCUGGACUACGAGCGUGCAGUCGUGGAGCUACACUACGCGUACUUGCUGCUAUCGUUUUUCCACGUCCCUCACCGAGCCCUGGUAACGCUACGGGCCGGUCUCGACACCAUUCUAGCCGACGGACCGGCAUACGACAAGGCGCGGGCACUGUUCCUGUUUGCCCGCUGCACAAUCGAAGCGGCAGCGAAUGGGGCACCGGAAGGCGAACGUGCCGGCGCCGAUGGCGAACAGGCGCAUCGUCGGCGACAGCAGCAGCAGCAGCUAACCACUAUGUUACCGAUGUUCGAGCAAGCGAUCGGCCUGUUUGAAAAGCUUGAAUGCUACAGCAAAGCGAAGGACGUUUACGUGUACCUCGCUUUCGCAUAUCACGAACUGGGGCUGGUGGACGAAAGGAAUGGCUAUGCUUGCCGCUAUCGGUUGCUGGAGGUUGAACAUCCAACCCCAAAGCAGUUCCUGAACGUGUUUCUGUAA